AUAUCUGUGAAUAUCUAGUGAAAAUACAAUGUGACCCUGGUAGAGGGUACAGUGUGCGGGCGUUUUUUUUCUCUGUACUCUAGCUAGGAAAACCUCAAACUUCCGGUCGCAGUCUUCGCAGUCCUAUCUUGAACACAUCCGGGCCAUUUCAAAAUGGAAGAAAUCGGAAUCACGCCGCCGGUUGACAAAGAGGACACUGUUGUCAGCGAUUCUCGGCCAACUACCUCACAGGCAUUUGGGCAUCUUGAUCCACUUGCUACAGAGUUAGAUGACCUUUUUGUCAAGUACAAGAAACUUCAAAGACAGUUGGAAUUUCUGGAAGUUCAGGAGGAGUACAUAAAGGAUGAGCAGAAGAACCUGAAGAAGGAAUACCUGCAUGCCCAGGAGGAGGUGAAAAGGAUUCAGAGUGUGCCUCUAGUUAUAGGACAGUUCCUGGAGGCUGUGGACCAGAACACAGGCAUUGUGGGGUCCACUACUGGUUCCAACUACUAUGUGCGUAUCUUGUCUACCAUUGACCGUGAACUUCUGAAGCCCAGCGCCAGUGUUGCCUUACACAAGCAUAGCAAUGCUUUAGUUGAUGUCCUACCACCAGAGGCUGACAGUAGCAUUACCAUGUUACAGGCUGAUGAGAAGCCCAAUGUUGGCUAUGCUGAUAUCGGUGGCCUGGACAUCCAGAAGCAAGAAGUCCGUGAGGCGGUAGAGCUCCCUCUGACCCACUUUGACCUGUACAAGCAGAUAGGUAUAGACCCGCCCAGGGGAGUGCUGAUGUUUGGUCCCCCAGGAACUGGCAAGACCAUGCUGGCCAAAGCCGUGGCACACCACACCACUGCGGCUUUCAUCAGAGUAGUUGGGUCAGAGUUUGUACAGAAGUACUUGGGAGAGGGGCCCAGGAUGGUGCGUGACGUUUUUCGUCUGGCCAAGGAGAACUCCCCUGCCAUCAUCUUCAUUGAUGAAAUUGAUGCCAUAGCAACCAAGAGAUUUGAUGCGCAGACUGGAGCUGACAGAGAAGUGCAGAGAAUCUUGCUGGAACUUCUUAACCAGAUGGAUGGUUUUGAUCAGACUGUCAAUGUGAAGGUCAUCAUGGCUACCAAUCGUGCAGACACUCUGGAUCCCGCCCUGCUGCGCCCCGGUCGCCUUGACAGGAAGAUCGAAUUCCCAAUGCCGGACAGACGCCAGAAACGUCUCAUCUUCUCCACCAUCACUGGAAACAUGAACCUCAGCGAGGAGGUGGACCUGGAGGACUACGUGGCCAGGCCUGAUAAAAUUAGUGGAGCUGAUAUUAAUGCCAUUUGUCAAGAGGCUGGCAUGCAGGCAGUGAGAGAAAACCGAUACGUGGUGCUGGCCAAGGACUUUGAGAAGGGAUACAAGAAUAACAUAAAGAAGGAUGAACAGGAUCACGAGUUCUACAAAUAAUGGUUUUCACUUCAACCCUAGCUAGAUGACUGGUCUUGACUAGAUCUAAGAACUUUUUGAAGAUUUCUUUUUCGAGUGUCACUGUUAAACUUUAACGUUUUACAAUGUUUAUGAUAACUGGAAUGAUGUGUCAUAGCAAAGAUUUUUUGUUGGCUAAGACAGAGGACUGUUAUAAGUACUUGAUGGUGACAAAGUGGAAAUUGGGAAAUCCUCAACUUUUUCUAACGUUAUUUCUGAAAUUCCUUUCUGAUUCAAUAAUUCAUUCCACUAAGAUGUUUCUCCAAGGUAAUCUUCAGAAUUUGUUUAGGCAUUUUACACCAUUACAAAUGCUCUAGCAUUUAACAUCUAACAUUUAACAAGAGAGCAUUCUAAGCAUGUCGCAAGGAUUGGUUAAGUAGGGAAAAAGGUUAGAUAUAUUUGUGAAAACAUAAGGAAUGUGAACUGUUACUGGCCUUAUCACAAUAAAAGAAGAUUGGUCAUACCA